UUAUAUUUUAUUGCGAUUGCGUGAUUUGAUCACAUUAUCGCUCAAAUAUCACGUUGAUUUUUCUUGUAUACAGCGAUGAUGCCAUAAAUCCUACCGAAUAAUCUCGAUAAUUUGAUCCAAUUUCCAAAACGUCCCGUAUAUAAACAAUACAUUCGAUUUGAAUAUGAUUUCUACCACAAUGGCAACAAUCGAUGAAAUUUUUUAAUCAAUUAAUUUAUUUCAUUUAUUCUGUGAAUUUUAAUUAAAAUUUAAAAUUUUCAUCAAUAUUGAAAAUCAAUCAUCAUCAUCAAUCAAAUCAUCAUCAAACAUAUUAAUCCGGUAAAAAUCUCACCAAGUAACGUAGUGUUUGAAUGAUUUUCAAAAAAGGUGGAUCCAGAUUAAUGUUAAAAUUUAAAGUUAAAACUUGUCUCUUCUUUAAGCCAAACUACUACCAAACAACAUACACGCAUUAUAUUUUGUUGGUUUGAUAGCCGUUGAAGCAGCGCCAAAAUUUUCUGGUUUUUUUUCGUAAUGUUCACUUUUUUACCGCGAUUAAAUGAACACACUGGGUCCACAAUCAUUCAUUUCACGUAUGCCAGACAUUGAAUUGUUGGAUGAUCGAUUUGAUCAAAAUUUAAUUUUUUUUUGUCAUCAUCGUCGUCGUCAUUGAUUGUUGAUUGUUGUUGUUGUUGUUGAUUAUAUGGUGGUGUGAUCAUCGACAAUCACCAUUUUCGAAUAUAAAUUUUCUACGGCCACAUUUUCAUUUUGAAAUCCUUAUUGUUUCUGAAUCAAAAGCGAUUCAAACAACAAAAUGGAUGAAUCACUGAUGAGUAUCGAAUUGAAUCAAAGUAAUGAUGAUCAUUUUGAUGACGAUGAAUUCAUACAAGAAACAUUGAAUUUUUCAAUGAAUCAAAAUUCAUCAAUUUCGGAAUUUAAAAUUCCAUCACCUGUAUCCGAAUUGAUCAAUAAUGAAAUCACAACGACGGCGACCACCACCACCGUAACAUUACCAAAAUGUCGUCUAGAUUUUAAUGUAUCCGAUACGGAAACACCUAGAAAUAGUUUGAAUGUUGUACGUAAUCGAAAACGUACAAAUUUUUCUCGUCGUUGUCUUUCCACAGAUUUAAAUAGCGGCGAUCAUUAUGAGACAGAUCAAAUGUCUUUUCAGGAAUUUCGUUUCUCCAACCAAACUUCAAAUGAUUUUAAAAGUCCAUUAAUAUUAUCAUCGAUUGAGAAUAAAAUAUCACCACGUACAACGCCUAAACAUUUUUCUCAUCAGCAACAUAUGACAUUGGAAUUGACACCAGAAUUUAAUAAUACGAAACAAUUAUCAUCGUCUUUGAAACCAUUUGAUGAGAAUGAUAUAAUACCGAAAGCUAAAUGUAUGAAAUCUUCAUUAACAAAUGCAGUAAAGUGCGGUGGUGGUGGUCCAUCAAAUGUACCGUUACAAAAAUAUUUUAGCGAAAAUCAUGCAUCAAUUAUGCGUGCCGUACAAAGAUCAUCAGAUGAUUCAUCAUUAAUCGGUGAUUUUAGCCGUACAUAUGCGCUACCAUUGAUGACCAAUUCAAAACAUCAAGAUCUUCGUUCAAUUACAUGUCAUGUAUUAGCAGAACUAAUGCAGAAUCAACGAUAUUCACAUCAAAUACGUUCAUUUACAAUAAUUGAUUGCCGUUAUCCAUAUGAAUAUGAUGGUGGUCAUAUACAAAUGGCGAUUAAUCUUUAUACACAGGAACAAAUAUUAAAUCGUUUUAUUAAAACAAAACCAAAAGAAGCUGGUAGCAAAGAUAGUAGCAAUGAUGAGGAUGAUGAUGAUGAUAAAACUGCCAAUGAUAAACGUGAUAUAUUAAUAUUUCAUUGUGAAUUCUCAUCGGAACGUGGUCCAAGCUUAUGCCGUUUUCUUCGUAACAAUGAUCGUGUAAAAAAUAGCCGUGUAUAUCCUAAACUACAUUAUCCAGAAAUCUAUCUACUUGAUGGUGGUUAUAAGGAAUUUUUUCAACAUUAUUCGCAUCUAUGUGAACCAUGUGCCUAUAAGCCUAUGCAUUCAAAAAAUCACGAAGAAGAUUUGAAAAAAUUUCGUACAAUUUGUAAAAGUUUAGAUUAUAAAUAUUCAACACGAAAACGAAAUCUACGUCUUUAAGUGGAUUAUUAUUAUAUUUUUUUUCACUUGCAUUGAUCUUAUUCAUCCAAAUUCAACUUUACCAAUACGCUACUUAUUUAAUAACAAGCGACAGUGGAGAAAAAAAACUAAAACUUUCACAAAACCCACC